AUGCGGAUCAACAACUCCAACACAAACAACAUCACAAUCGGAGAUAAUACCAUCGACUUCGUGGACAGCUUCACCUACCUCGGUACUAUCAUAACAUCAAAUGGUGGAGUGGAAAGUGAUGUGGAGAACCGACUGCGCAAAGCGAGGUCUGCAUUUGGAAGACUACACCGAGUAUGGAGAAACCAGCAGACAAACAGAAAAACAAAGCUGCGCAUAUUCAACUCGUGUGUAAAAUCCAUACUGCUAUACGGAUCGGAGACGUGGCUGACCACUCAAAGGAUAUUGAUGAAGUUGCAGGCUUACAUCAAUAAGUGCCUAAGAAUAAUACUUGGGGUAUUCUGGCCAGAUAGAAUAGCCAAUGAGGACUUAUGGCACUGCACAGGAGAGGUCCCAAUCCAGGAACAAAUAAAGAAACGGAAAUGGAAAUGGAUUGGCCACGCUCUGAGGAAGGAACCAGGAAGCAUCGUAAGGAUGGCUCUGGAAUGGAACCCACAAGGAAGCAGAAGAGUGGGUCGCCCAAAGAUGACCUGGCGCCGUACAGCACUCCUAGAAAUAUCCCGGAAGAACAUCAGCUGGGACACAAUAAAGCAAACAGCGGCAAAUAAAGUUAGGUGGAGAGCCCUUGUAGAGGCCCUAAGCUCCUAA